ACAGGUGGGCAAUUGUACUCCCUCCCCACGCCCCAAACUACUGGUGGGGCCGGAUUGUUGGAGGUGAAGAUGUUGAAGAUAUUUGGAAGGUGUCCCUGUUUAUUCUGGGUGGCGAUAAUUUUAGACCUGGUAGGGUUGUCCCUCCUGUUGACUGGCAUUUUUGCCCACGUCCAGGUCAGCGGCAGGGGCGUUGGAGACUGCUUCAUCUAUACCGGUGCGAUCGUCGUCUUCUUCAGCCUGAUCUGGUGGCUCUCCUGGUGCACGGGCAACAUUGAGGUUUCUCCGGAGGAGCUCGAGAGGGGCGCCGUGGUCAGGGAGAACAGUUUGGCUAAGUUGACCAGAAAGUUUUCCGAAAGGUUGACAGACAAGAGGCAUAUUUCACCCCCAGGGAACGGUGUACAGAUCAAGAAGGGAGUCGGAGAGCUGUCCACGGCCAACGGCUGGGUCCUGGCCAGGGAGUGGGGCGAGGUGUCGCUGCGGCAGAUGCAAGAGCAAGAUGAUGCUGUCUGAUCCGUGAAACAUUUUCAGCACUUUCUGAUUUCAUGGCAAUCUUCUUUCUGUUCAGUCACUGAAAUGCAACAAAAAGCAGACCUAUUGCUGAGUCACGGUCAGCACUAAUAUUCAAUUCAGGGAGGAAAUUUGAACCAGAAUCGAUAUGACUAACAUUCUGUUGCAUAAAUGUGUAUUACGUGGAAUGUACAGUUGAAGAGAUUGUGCAAUUGGCACAGGAAAGUUCAAUAAUGAAAGGUGUGUAAACAUCAACUCAUAAAUUAGCAUCAGAGGGUGGGUACUCUGUUAAGAGUUUGUGUUAAUCUGGCAACGUGGAAAACUGUUGGCUGGCUGUGGAGGGGUGUUGGAAACCAGUGAAUAUAACUCACUAAUCCUUUAGUUUUAUUCUAAGAUCCUCCUUUAUUUUGAAUUGAUUUGAAUUAAUGGGAAAUUGCUUUAAUUGAAGCUUUAGAUAUGUAUGGGCAGCCUGUGGGGUGGGGAGGGGGACUGAGUGCAGAAAUAAACUUUGGAACUUUGGUCAACAAUAAAAUGAUUAUAGGAAAAGUGAUUAUAUCUUAUCUGUCUCCACCCUUCUUCUGGACUGGAGAUAAAAGGGAAUUUGUUAGGAAUACUUUAAUUAGGCAGCAUCUGUAAAGAGAUAAACAGAUCUGGACAGAGACACCUUGCUCACUUCAUAGCAUGUUCUCAAUUUCCUUAACUGGAGUGAUAUCGUAGAAUUUGGCUUGAGCUCUUCCACUGAAAAUCUAUGAUAGUGUUAACUCUGAUCAGGUCACAGGAGUGUCAUUUUUUAUACCUACUAUACAUCAUUGACCACCGUUUACAGGUGCAAGCAGUCCUGACGAAGGCUCUCGGGCUGAAAUGUCGUCAGUGCUUCUCCCUAUAGAUGCUGCCUGGCCUGCUGUGUUCCACCAGCAUUUUGUGUGUGUAGCGGUAUAUUGUGACUUGAUUCUGUACAUUGGAUCAUGGACCACUUGGACACCAAGACAGCAUAGCGAUUAGCGCGAUGCCAUUCGAGCUUGGGAUGUCAGAGUUCGGAGUUCGAUUCUGGUGCCCGUCUGUAAGAAAUUUGAACUUUCUCCAUCUGUGUGUGUGUUUCCUCCCACAGUCAAAAAACCCGCUAGUGUUAAAUAUGUGUGUUGCUGGUCAGCGCAGCUCAUUGGACUAACUCUCUAAAUAAGUAUCUCUAAGUUAGAGGUUCCCAACCUAGGGUCCACAUAUCCCUCAGUUAAUGGUAGGGGUCCAUGGCAUAAAAAAGGUGGGAACACUGUCUCUAAAAAAGGUUCCAUUUUAGAUUUAAAUUUAUUUUGAAUUGACUCUGAUCUACCAUUAAUCUGAAAUAGAUCUCUUAAAGCAGCUAGUUGGACUAUAGUACUCUCCUCUCUAUUAUUGUUCUAGCAACACAUCUUUUAGUUAACAGUAGUUUACCACUAAUAAGGGAUAUUUGGCUUGAGCUCUGUUGGGUUUACUUGCCUUAAUAAACACUGCAAAGAAGAAUCUAUGGGCGCAACACACAGAUUGAUUUCCUUAUUGCCCAAAAAGCUAUAGAUCUCUGUUUUAAACCUAAUCAAAGACCAAAUCUCAGCAACUCCACUGGCGCAGAGAGUAACAGAUAUUUACAGCUCCCUUCUAAAGUGGUGACCUUUCAUUGUGAAAUAACAUCUCCCAAGUCCAAUUCCUCAGCCAUAUAACAGCUUUAGGGCAGUGGCUUGACACGUCUACUGAUUACAACUAAUAGAGCCACAGCGUCACAGUGCCAGGGACCCGAGCUCAGACUUGAUUUCGCUGUCUGUGUGGAGUUUGCUGCACAAUCUCUGUGUGACCAUGUGGAUUUGCUCGAGUAAUUCUGGUUUCCUCCUACAUCACAAGGAAGUGCAGGCUGAGAGGUUAAUUGGCCCCUGUGAAUUCCCCCCAGUGUGCGGCUGACUGGUAGAAUCUGAUGGGAAUUUUAUUUUAAAUAGAAUUAAUGAAAGAUGAAUGGACAGAUGAUGGAUGGUGUGGACUUGGUGGGACAAAGAGCCUGUUUCUCUACUGUAUCUCUUUUGAGUAGAAGAAAUCAGAGGUUGCAGUAAACCAGUGGAGCGGUGUUUUUGUGGGGAGACCCAGUUUGACAAUGUAAGACCCUUCUGAGGGUCCACUUUUUGAAGGUCCAAAGCUUCCAGAGAAACUUGUCAUUCCCACAGCAGUCUGAUGUUGGUCUGGGAGUCCAGCAGUGGGCGCCAAGAGCCGGUGGUUUCCUGAAUAACACACACAAAUUGCUGCAGGAACUCAGCAGGUCAGGCAGCAUCUGUGGAAAGGAAUUUUAUUUUAAAAAUCCACGUUUCAAACCGAGAUACAUCAUCAGGACUGUUGGUUACACCAGGAAAUGUGCUUGUGAAACUCAGUUGCAUCUCAGUUCAUUAAAAUGGAGAAGAAGAGAUUAAAGAAGCAUCACUACUUUGUUAGUUACUUAGACAUUUUUAAAAUCUGGUUUACCAAAAAAUGUUUAAAUGCCUAAGUUUUUUUUGCCCUUAAAAUAGCCUUCCAUAGAUCAUACCUGGAUUUGUGUAUUUCUGGAUCACUGGCCUAGCCCUCGGUAGACAAUGAAUGUCCUGGCUUAUCUGUGGCUUUUGGUUUGGUUAUGUCUGGUAUGUUGUCAGGCACACUGAUUCACAUGUGAUCCUGGAUAAGGCAUUUUUCCUUUGCAUGCUGGACUUGUAAGUCUUCCCUUUCAGUCCACUUUAGGCCACCAAGUAUAUUGUCUAUAAAAUCCCACAGAUGUUGAAGUAAUUAUGAUGGUGACUUGCUCAGUCAGCUUCCAGUUAUCUUGACAUUCUCUGGCUGAAGAAGAUUCAAAGGGACAUUCUCGCUUUUGGGUUCAAGUUGUCCCCUCACUGCACUUGAUGGUCCCAUGAACUCCACUUGUUGCUCUGGGUUGCUCAGUUUAAGCCUAUAGCUAUUGAAAAUAAAGCUCAGCCUUGACUGUAAGCCGAAGGUGAUAUUGUAGCGGUGCGCUACACGCAGCGCUGAAAUAACGACACAGAGUCGGUGAGCUGCAGUCGCAAAAAGAGGUUUAUUCAAACUUCGCGGCCUCGCUUUAAAGCCUUCCUGAUCCCGCCCUCCCCAGGUGGGAAUGCUGUAGGGGGGCACGUAUUCACAGUCCCGUCCCGCGCGCGGGCUUUUCCCCUUGCUGGUGAAGCAGGCUUGGCGCCCUCUUUGCGACCAACCUCAAUGCUGGCACGCACCGCUUUGUGAGCCAGUUCGAGUGGGCUGGGAAGUGGGUCGCCACAAUAGGACCUUUCACAUUGGGAUUCGUGAGAGGAAAUCUGAGAUAAAAUUCUAUAUCGGUUGUAUGCCCAUAAGAUAGCAUUUUGCAGUACGUAAAGUGACUGACAGGAAUUAAUAAAAUAGUGGUGGAGGUCUAACUGCUUGGGAAGGUCUGGCGGUCCUGGCAUGGUUCCUUCCUGAUGAGAGGAGGUCAAACAGUCCAUGAGCAGGGUGUGUGGGGAUCCUUUAUGAUGUUACUGACCCUUUUCCGGCACCUUUCUGUAUAUAUGUCUUUAGUGGGUAGUCUGGUGCCAGUGAUGCAUUGGGCAGUUUUGACUACCCGUUGUGGAGCUUCCUGUUCGCCACAGAACCGUUUCCGUACCAAGUGGUAAUGCAGCUCGUUAGGAUGCUCUCUACUGCCCAUCUGUAGAAUGAAGUGAGUAUGGAUGCGCAAAAUCCGGCCUCCUUCAGCCUCCUGAAAGCUGAGGUAUUGUUCAGCUUUCCUGACUGCAUAGGAUGUGUUUGGGACCAUGAGAGAUUGUGAUGUGCACUCCCAGGUAUCUGACAUUGCUUGCAGCUUCCAUUGCCGUGCUGCCAAUGUGAAGGGCGUGUGCGUUCUCAUGAGGUCAGUAACCUUUGUCUUGUUGACGUUGAGGAAGAGGUCAUUUGGCUGGCACCAGCCUCGCACUCUUCUACCUUCUCUCUCUAGGCCACCUCAUCGUUGUCGGUGAUGUCAAGAGCGUUGUUGACAAAUGUGAUCACUCGGGUGUGGCUGUGUAGUCAUGAGUAAGCAGAGUGUUACAGCAGUGGGCUUAGCACACAAGGUUGAGGAUGAUGGGGGGUGGGGGAGGAGUGGUUGUGCAUCCUGACUAUCUGUUAGUUACUAUCUAUUGGUUAGGAAGUCCACGAAUUUGCACAGCGGUGUAUUUAAGCCAGGGGAUCCCAACUUGGGUCCACAGACCCCCUCAGUUAAUGGUGGGAGUCCAUGGCAUAAAAAUGGUUGGGAAACCCCUGAUUUAGACUGAGAAUUAGGAGUUUAUUCACCAAGGUCUGUUGGAUGGUAGUAAUGAAUGUUGAACUGAAUUCCAGGAACAGCAUUCUGGCGUAAGACCAUAAGUUAAAGGAGCAGAAGUAGGCCAUUUGUCUCAUCGAGUCCGUUCUGCAAUUUCAUCAUGGCUGAUCCAAUUUUUCUCUCAAUCCCAAUCUCCUGACUUUUUCCCCAUAUCCCUUCAUGUCCUGACCAAUCAAGAAACUAUCAAUCUCUGCCUUAAAUAUAUAUGGAGAUUUGGCAAAGAAUUCCACAGGUUCACAACUCUCUAGCUAAAGAAAUUCCUCCUCAUCGCCAUUCUAAAAGGACACCAAUCGAUUCUGAGGCUGUGUCCUCUGGUCUUGGACUCUCCCACCAUAGGAAACAUCCUCUCCACACCCACUCUAUCAAGGCCUUUCACCAUUCAACAGAAUUCAAUGAGGUCACCCUUCAUUCUUCUGAAUUCCAGUGAAUACAGGCCCAGAGCCAUUAAGCACUCUUCAUAUGACAAGCCAUUCAAUUCUGGAAUCAUUUUCAUGAACCUCUUUUGAAAUGUCUUUGUUUUCUAAUUGUGUCAGGGCCAGGUGAAUGACAGAUGCUAUGGAGUCUAUCGUGGAGUGGUUCUGUCCGAAAGCAUAUUGAUGAGUGUCCAACGUGGCAGGAAUAGAGUUUUUGAUAUCUGCCAUCAUCAGCCAUUCAAAGCACUUCAUGAUGAUUGGUGUCAGUGCCACUGAGUGGUAAUCAUUUAGUUGUGAAGGUGCCGAAUUCUUUGGUACAGGGAUGAUGGUGGCUGAUUUGAAAUGUGGGGAUAGCAGUCUGAACGAGUGACGUGUUGAAGAUGUCUGUGAAGACCUCAGUGAGCUGGCGUGCACAGCUACUGAGUACUCGGCCUGCGAUGUUUUCCGGCCUGGCCUCCUUAUGGGGGUUGCGGCUCUCGAGAGUCCUUCUCACCUUUGCUGCUGUUACAGACAGUGGCUGCUCAAUUGGGGGGGUGUGGGCUUUUGUGGCCAGCGUUGUGUUGCGUGCCUCAAGGUGUGCUUUAAGGUUGCUUAGAGCAUCAGGGAGGGCGAUGUCACUGGUACAGUCAACGUGGUCCCCCCCCCCCCCCCCCCCCGUGAUGCCCAGCCACAUACUUCAGGGAUCAUUAUUAAACAGUUGUGCCAGAAUUUUUUUGUGCAUAGAUGGUCUUUGCCCCACAUGCCCAAGAUGAGGUGUAUCCUGGCUGCUCUGAGAGGUGUUCUUACACCAAACUUGAAGGCAGUGUCCUGGAGGAACUCAGCAGGCCAGGCAGCAUUUAUAGAAAAGAACAAACAGAAGUCCUGAAGUGUCUCAGGCCAAAACGUCGACUGUUUACUCUUUUCCAUUGAUGCUGCCUGGCCUGCUGAGUUCCUCCAUCAUUUUGUGUCCAUCACUAAAAUUAAUGUUUAUUUUCCAAAUAUUAAAAUUGCUCAUCGUACAAUUUUCUUUUCUGCAGUCCAGGUGAUCAUGUGAUACUUAACGAAUGUAAAAUAUGAAGGAGAUAGUGUUCUAGUGAAGAAUGAAAGGUGCUUUAUUAACAGAUUUAUUUUUGUAAAUAAUUUCUUCAACAGUGAAGGUUCUCAUUCAUUGAAAGCAUAUAACAACAGAUCUGUCUUAUCUUUGUAUAUGUCACGACGUCCUUUAUCCUUGACAGAAUUGAAAUAAAUUUUUUUUUAAAUGGU